AUGAUCCGCGAUCUGUCACGGGACGACGACAAUAUCAACGACUGGGACGCGGCAUUCCACGUCAUCAUCAGCUUUUUCAACCUCACCAUGGAUAGAUUCUACUCCCUGUUCGACGCGGCACAAGCUAGUAAUGACAUGCAGGAGGUGGAAGGCAUGCUUGAGAAAUGGCAGAGGGAGAAGCCGGUGUUUGAUGGGAAAUACCACAGCAUUCGGUCGGUGAUCUACAGGCUGAGGAAGUCGCUGGACAGGCGGCAGCACAGCGAGCGACAGCGGCAGAGGAUGGAGGAAGGGCAGCUGCUGCAUGCCGACUUCUUCCCUCCAGGUUCGUGCGUGCUGUGCCAGGAGUUGCUGUGUCUAUCUAUUCCGGCUGAUCGCCUGACCAGCAUGCAGGAUGUGGAUGGUCCGGGCGAGCUCAGCCUCGAUGGCCGCCCCCGGCAUGACAACGACCACCUUGAAAUUGCAGCUAUCUCAGUGGCUCCAACGAUGGAGGAGGUACUCUGCAAGGCAUCGCUGUACCUGCCACACAACCACCCCAACGAGCCGCACCACCUGCCAGCGGGGUCAGUGGGGCGCCAUGUGGACAUCCACUUCCGCCUGCUCCGCCACGACCUCAUCGCCCCCCUCUGGAGCAAAGCGCUCUUCCUCUUUUACCACUUCAACAACGAAUCCUCUUGGGAUGCUCGUGGCAGGGGGAGUAGCAGCACGAGCAGCGGCGGCGGUGGUGGUGGUGGUGGCAGAGGCGGCAGCAGAGACGAGGCGAUGGGGCUGUUGAGGGCGAACAGGGAGUUGGUGAGGGGUCUGACGGAUGAUAUGAAGGGCGUGGUGGGGUUUUCUUCAGAGGACAUGGACGUGUAUCUGCUGCGCGAUGUGCGCGUGCUGUCUAUUGUCGCCGACAGGAAGAGCAGCGUGUACUUUCUUAUAGACUUUUUGGAACCUCCCAUGCCGCGGGGCCGACAUUCUCGUAACAGCAGGGUGGAGUUCUGGGAGAACACGCGGAGGCUGCAGAACGGCUCCUUGGUCGGCCUGUGGAUCCGAGACAUCCAUUCCGCCCGCGACACAAGGAGGCUGGCCGCUGCCAGGCCGCAGAUUGGCGUGCAGCCAUGCGGAGGUGACGGGUUCAGUGCAGACCUGCUGGGGCUGAUCGCACAGGACGGCAAUGGGGGGAGUGGCGGGAGCGGCGGGAGGACACAGGUGGUGAUGUUGGAGGCGCAUGGGAGCUUUUUCGCGUAUGAGCCAAUUCUGAAGGCACUGCAGAGUAUCACUGACACAUCGCUGCCCUUCUCUGAGUACAUCUGCGGGGCAGCUGCAGGGGCACCUGGUGGGGCACCUGGAGCGUAUAAGCUGCCUGGUUACAUCAAAGGGGGGAUGCUGUACGACUUGAGCCUCCUGCUCAAGACCAAGUCUCCUUCCUCCUCCCAGCAGCCACAGACAGCUCCAGAGGACGAGUUUGCCAUCAGGAACGUGAUGAUCGGCAGCCCCACGGCCUUCCCCAUGGAUGCUCUCCUGCGCUGCACGUCGUUAGACGAACCCCAGACUGCAGCACUCCAUGCUGCUCUCACUCAGGAGUUCGCUCUGCUUCAGGGCCCCCCGGGAACUGGCAAGCUUGUGGAGCUUCUGCUGAGCAAUGCUCUCAAGAAGAGCAGUUCGUUAGGAGGACUGUUUUCUCGAGGCAGGGAGGUGGCCAGGUCAGCAGGUCCCAUCCUGUGCGUGUGCUUCACCAACCACGCACUGGAUGAGUUCCUAGAAGGCCUCAUUGUCAGCGGCAUCAAGAACGUGAGUGCAACAACUAUACCGCUGCUGUCAGAUCUGAUUGCGUCCCUCCUGCAAGUCCCAUCCCGAGGCUCAUUGCCAGUAGCACCACGAACGCAAUCGAACUAUGAGGUGAAAUUCAAGCUGGGCGAGGUGGAGGAGGUGAUAGGCACGUACAGCGACGCUCUGCAGCAGCGCAGUGACAACGUGGCGGCGGUGGCAUGGGGCUCCAUCGCCCGCCACCUCAUGGCCAACCACCCUGUUUUCUUCCACGCGCUCUGCCCCACCAGCAAGGCAGAUGCCAAUGGUUUCAAGCAAGUGGGGCGAGACAACUGGGAACGGUGGAAGCAAGGCUUGCCCAAGAAAAGCAUGAACUUAAAAAAGGUUGCUGCUGAGACAUGGGAGGAUCAAGGUCAUGUAUCCGGCAGGGGGAAGGGAGGCAAAGGAGGAGGAGGAGGAGGAGGAGGAGGAGGAGGAGGAGGAGGAGGAGGAGGAGGGAGAGGAAAGGCGGGAGCCCUGCCUCAAGGAGCGGGAGGGGGAGUAGGGGGAGUGGGAAUAGCCGCUUCUGGACACCAGGCUCCGAUGCAGAAUGCUUUCGAUGCCCUGGGGUUGCUUGGUGAUCUGGAGUUUGGGGAAGGGUGGGAUUUAAGCAGUUUGAGGGAUGGUGGAGUGAGUGCGGAGCUGAGUGAGAUUGUUGGGUUGAUGAGUUCGUACUUUGAUGGUGGUGGCAGUGGUGGUGCAUAUUCAGUGACAGGCACAGGACUUGACAGCUCGUGGCUGAGCCUUGCUCCCUCAAGGGGAGCGAGAGGGGUAGGAGGUGCAGGAGGUGCAGGGGCAGGAGGCUCAGGAGGGGCGGGAGUGUUUCCUGCGAAGGAGGAUCCGUCACACGCGUUCGGUGACUUGAGAAUUCACGAUGGCAUGCGACGUGAAGGCGGCAUGGGGAAGCACGGGAGCAUGGGGAAGGUGAUGGAGGAAGAGGUGGUGGAGGAGGAGGUGUGGGCGAGACCGGAAGUGGAUGAGGAGAGUGACCGAGGAGUGGAGGAGCUGUUAGGGUUGGAGGACCCGUGGGCAACGAGUGGGCGGGAGAGGAGGAAGCUGGUGGAGUUCUGGGUUGGGGAGCUGCGCGCCACUGCCACUGCUGCCAUUGAGGCGGAGGUGGCGAAUUACUCCAGGUGCGUGUGGCAUGGUGGUGGUGAAUUGGGGAUCACACCGUCUGGGGUCAUCAUGGUGGCACGCCGCAAUGCCAAGAUGCAGCGCCUCAUCACGGCGCUCGGCCCGCGAGUCAUCAUCGUGGAGGAGGCUGCUGAGGUGCUGGAGGCCCACAUCCUCACCUCGCUCACCCCGCAGACAGAGCAUGUUAUCCUUACAGGUGACCACCUGCAGCUGCGGCCCAAGGUGGAGGUGUACGAGCUGAGCAAGGACUCCAAAAGGGGCUUCGACCUGGACGUCUCGCUUUUCGAACGCCUCGCCCAUUCAAAGCAGAUCCCUGUUUACACCCUCGCCACGCAGCGCCGCAUGCGCCCUGAAAUCGCUGACCUUAUUCGCUACACCAUCUACCCAGGCCUGAAGGAUCACCCAUGUGUGCAAGGGUACCCGGACGUGCUGGGCAUGGCGGCCAACCUGCACUUCUCGGACCACAACUUUCCGGAGAGCGGAGGGGACGACCUGAGGGAGGGCAAGUCCAAGUCCAACGCGGGCGAGGCAGCCAUGGUGUUGGCCCUCGCAACCUACCUCCUGCAGCAGGGGUACUCGGGAGGGGAAAUCACCAUCCUCACGCCCUAUGUCGGCCAGCUGCUGAAGCUGCGCCAGGCGCUUUCUCAGGUGGUCAAUGUGCGCCUGGGGGAGGGCGAUGUGGAGGUGGUGGAGGAGGCAGAGGAGAAGGCGGCUGCUAGGGAAGGUGCAGCUGAGGGGGAGGCGGCUGGGGGUGGACAGGGGACGGCGGUGGGGGUGGGGAGUUCAGUGGCGAAGAAGUUGGGGAUGGCGUUAGCUGCGCCUAAAGUGACCACGGCAAAUCUGAAGGAUGCGGUUCGGCUAGCAACUGUAGACAAUUUCCAGGGCGAGGAGAGCACGGUGGUCAUGAUCGUCCUCGUGUGCAACAACAGGUUUUGGUUUGUCCCAACAGUUUCUGAUGAUGCUUCCUUCCUCCAACUUGUUCAUCUUGCCUGCCCAUCUUGUUUCCAGGGCGAGGAGAGCACGGUGAUCAUCAUCUCUCUCGUGCGCAACAACGUGGACGGCAAGAUUGGGUUCCUCAAGAGCCCCAACCGCACCAACGUGCUGCUCUCCCGCGCCAAGCACGGCAUGUACAUCGUUGGUGAGUGCAUGGCGUCAUGA